AUGUCUUUCGUUGCUGUCAAGGCCCUCGUUGCCAUCGUGGCCGGCGCCACCUCUGUGGCUGCUCACGGUCAUGUUACCGGUAUCAACGUGGCUGGCACCUGGUACGAGGGUUAUGACCCAACUUCGUUCCCUUACAUGUCAGACCCUCCGACAGUCGUGGGCUGGACCGCAUCCGACACCGACAACGGCUUCGUGGCCCCGAGCGCCUACGCGUCAGGGGACAUCAUCUGCCACAAGUCCGCCACCAACGCCAAGGGCUACGCGACCGCCAAGGCGGGCGACACCAUCGAGGUCUACUGGAACACCUGGCCCACCUCCCACAAGGGGCCAGUCAUCGACUACCUCGCCAAGUGCGCCGGCGACGACUGCGUGACGGCAGACAAGACGGCCCUCGAGUUCUUCAAGAUCGACGCCGUCGGCCUGGCCGACGCCUCGGCCUCCACCUGGGGAACAGAUGAGCUCAUCAGCAACAACAACUCGUGGGUCCUCCAGAUCCCGUCGACCCUCGCGACCGGCAACUACGUGCUCCGCCACGAGAUCAUCGCGCUGCACUCGGCCGGGUCGGCCGGCGGCGCCCAGAACUACCCCCAGUGCUUCAACCUCGCCAUCACCGGCACCGGCUCGCUCCAGCCCUCCGGGACGCUCGGCGAGGCCUUGUACAAGGAGAGCGAUGCGGGCAUCUUGGUCAACAUCUACAACUCCCUCACUUCAUAUGAUAUCCCGGGUCCCACGCAGAUCGCUGCUGGUACCAACUUGGCUCAGUCUGCUGUCCCUAUCACUGCCAGCGCAAGUGCAGUCGUCAGCGGUGCUUCCGGUGCAGCUGCGGCAUCCACUUCGGCUGCUCAGACUACCCCGACUGGCUCUGGUGCUGCGUCUCAGGCGCCUUCGGCUGUGGCCCCGACCGGCUCAGCUGCCGCCGCCCAGACGAGCUCAGCUUCCCCUGCCGCCACGUCUGCCGCCAAGUCCUGCAAGAAGCGCCGCCACGCCCGCGACGUCGCCAGGGCUUAA